AUGACUCGCACCACUAUAGCAUAUAUAGUCCCUAGAUCACCUUAUAGCAACCCAGAAAACGGCAUCGAACGACCACACCUCAAAGCUGAAAGCAAAAGCCAACGAGGCUUCCAAGCAUCAAGACACCCCCUGACGCACGAACGAAGUAUCCCCCUGAAGCAAAGACAAAAGAACUUGCUCCCCGCAAAACCAAAGGCACUUUCACGACCAAGGAUACAUCCAAAGCAGCCAAGGCGCCGCACUCUGAGCCGCGCGUAUGUGAACUGCACACCUCACAACCCCAAACUGAUGAGAGGCCUAGCAGCCUUGAGAACCUCCCGCUUCAAACCCUUCGCCACCUUCGGAAGAAUACUGGCAGACGAACCCCCGCGCGUUCAAGUGCGCGCCGUGUCGGCAGUGGCAUACGGCGCGGUGUCCUUGGUUGAGGAACUACUAGGAUGGGUUUUGGUUAUUGGCGCAUUGCUUGUUGCUUAA